UUGUAGGUCAGAGCUCUCCAUCGACCCCCAUCAUUCCAGAAACAAACAGCACACCUCAGGCGACUGCUGCAUUGGGUGAAUCCAAGCGGAAAAGACCCAGAUUGGAUCCAUCCAUUGAAUCAGAAGAAACAUAUUUGUCAAAAAUAGAAGUAAAAAUCAAGAUUCCAGAAGAUUUGAAACCUGUUCUUGUGGAUGAUUGGGAUCUCAUUACACGUCAAAAAAUGCUGGUCACUUUGCCAUGCAAGCAAACUGUGGAUAACAUCAUUGAGGAAUACAUCAAAUCCAAGUCAACAAAAAACUCCAAUAUUAAUAAAGAUGCUAUGUUGGAAACAAUGCUGGGAUGCAAAGAUUACUUUAAUGUUAUGCUAGGUACACAGUUACUGUACAAAUUUGAGAGGCCUCAGUAUUCAGAGAUUUUGUCCGAGUAUCCUGACAAGCCCAUGUCCAGUGUAUAUGGAGCUAUUCAUUUCCUCAGAUUAUUUGUUCGGCUUGGUGCUAUGUUGGCAUAUACUUCCUUGGAUGAACGAACAGUACAUAUCCUUCUCAACCACGUCCAUGAUUUUCUCAGGUACCUCUCCAAAAACGGUCCCAACCUUUUCAAGAUCUCAAGCUAUGAAAUUGCAACUCCUGAUUACCAUAGGAAAGCCAUUUAA